CUCUAGAAACUGAAAUAUUGUCAUUGUGUUUCUGAGUUUAGUCGUGCACAGUCGUGCCCUGGAUGUGCCGCCACGUUUGGUCCAAGUACAUAUAUAUACAAGCCAUUUCUACAUUUCUUCAACAUCGAUCUUCAAUAAUAUCUAAUUGCCGCUGUUGAGAGCAGACAACAGACUCUAUCAGAUAACAUAAUAUUCUUCUAAUACGAUUUGACCGAAGAUUUCUCUUCAAAAUGUCCAAAAUGACGAAGAAGAAGUACGUUUACCAGGAGGUGGAAGACUGUAACGUAGAAGUCGCACCUAACCAUGAGGUCGUUAAGGUGCUUGGGUGCAGAGGAAACAAUCUUCAUGAGGUUGCCACUGCAAAGGGUGAGAAGUACUUGGCAUCAAUGCCGACAAAGUUCAGACGGACGGUGUGGGUUAAGCGAGGCGACUAUGUUAUCGUCGAGCACAUCGAAGAAGGGGUGAAGGUAAAAGGAGAAAUUUCCAGAAUCCUUUACAAGGACCAUAUCAACCAGCUAAGCAAAGACGGUGUGUGGCCUGAAGAGUUUGCUGACGCUGUGGUGACAAAAGUACAAGACUCCAAUGACAUUUUUGUUAACCAAAAUCGUGUGCUGGACAUUGAAAGUGAUUCUGAGGAAGAAGAUGAUAUUGAGAGCUGUUCAGAAGAAGAGGAUGGCGAUGCUUCAGCAGAGGAGGACAGAGACAAUUCAUCUUCAGAGGAUUGUGACAAGUGAUCAAAUCUCGCAUUAAUUUUUAGACUGCACUGGUUUAAUUCUUCAAAUUUUGAAGCGAGCCAAAGAAAUUUAAGGCUCAACUGCUGUUGUCGCCUUGGCCUUGAUGUCAGUUCCUACUGCCAUUAUUUAAAAUAAUUGAACAAAAUUGUGAUGAACUAUGAGAUUUAUAUCAAUGCUGUAACUUUCCAUGAAAUUAAUUCAAAAAUGAGACCACAAAUUAUGAAAGCUUGAAAUAGUUAAAAAAGAAUUAUAUAUUCCUGUCGUUAAGAUCGCCUUUCCUACACUUGACAUAGUUAAGUUCUGGUUUUAACUUUUCCUUGGUAAUAAAUAAUGUAAGUUACCAAUUAAACCUCUUUUGUAAAAAAUCUAAAAA